GAUUAACGAUCCUGCGUCUGCUGCUACAUCAUCUCAGCUGAUCCGGAGGAUUCCCUCUGCGGGGACAAUCAAGAGCCCGGCCCGCCUGAAUGCUCAGCUCAGACCAGCACCACACCAUGGAUUUCAACGUCAAAAAACUGGCUUCCGAUGCGGGGGUCUUCUUCACACGCGCUGUGCAGUUCACAGAGGAGAAGCUCGGUCAGGCUGAGAAGACGGAGCUGGACGCCCACUUAGAGAACCUGAUCAGUCGAGGGGACGGCACCAAGAACUGGACCGAGAAGAUCCUGAGACAGACAGAAGUGCUGCUGCAGCCCAACCCGAUCGAUCACACAGGCGCUCGAAUAGAAGAGUACAUCUACGAUAAGCUGGACAAGAAGCUUCCCUCCAAGGCCACCAACGCAGAGCUGCUGGGACAGUACAUGCUGGACGCCGCCGCGGAAUUCGGUCCAGAGACACCGUACGGCAGCACUCUGAUCACCGUGGGAGAAUAUCAGAAGAGACUGGGAGGAGCCGAGCGGGAGCUCCUCCACACCUCCGCGACAACUUUCCUCACUCCACUCCGCAACUUCCUGGAGGGAGACUGGAGGACCAUUUCUAAAGAGCGGCGACUUCUGGAGAACCGUCGCCUCGAUCUCGACAUCUGCAAAGCUCGAGUGAAAAAAGCAAAGCAGGCUGAAGCCAAGGCAGCGGCUGCACCCGAUUUUCAGGAGACACGGCCUCGAAAUUAUGUUCUGUCUGCCAGUGCAUCUGCGCUUCUGAGUGAGGAAGUAGACAAAGCAGAACAUGAACUCCGUGUUGCUCAGACAGAGUUCGACCGGCAGGCCGAGGUCACCAGACUGCUGCUGGAGGGGAUCAGCAGCACCCAUCUCAACCACCUGCGUUGUUUGCAGGACUUUGCGGAGGCUCAGGCGACUUACUAUGCCCAGUGUCAUCACUACAUGCAGGACCUCCAGCGGGAGCUCAGCAGAUGUGCUAAUUCUGUCAGCGGCCCUGCGUCCGCUGCCAUCUGCCCAAACCCCGUCUCCUCAGCCUUCCUGUCUGGACCAUCCAUCGGGGCUGCGGUCUCCUCCUCCUCCUCCUCCUCAUCUAACCAAAAGCCAAGAACGCCGACCAUGGAACAAAUGCAGCUCCCAGUCACAGGAGCCAGAAAGGCCAAAGUCCUGUAUGACUACGACGCUCACGAUGUCAGCGAGCUCUCCCUCCUGGCUGAUGAGCUAAUCACCGUCUACACCGUACUGGGAAUGGACCCUGAUUGGUUGAUCGGAGAGCGUGGGAACGACAAAGGCAAAGUUCCUGUCACCUACCUAGAACUGCUGAGUUAAUGGACCAAACAUCAAGACACACACACACACACACACACACACACACACACACACACACAUGAACAAAACGAACACUUAUGCAAACCUGUUCCUAAAAAACAGAUGAGAAAUGUGGGAAAGUGGAAUUAAACUCUGGUGACUGUGUUAGUAAUGUUUUCGGGUCAUUCGACAUCUUCACAGAUUGUUGUCUCGUUGCGGUUAAUGUGUGUGUGCUCAGAGUGGGAUUGUUUUGACAACAGUUCCUGCGACACUUCCUCAACCUGCUAACAAUGCAUAUUCGUUGUUUUCAUGUCAAACUGAUUUCAUGUCGAUUUUUGUUUCGUUUUAUUUUCGGCUUUCAAACAUCACAACCCCGUUUCGUCUACUGGUGCAUUAUUCCUCUUUAAUAUGACUUCAGGGUUAUUGUCGUGGUUUGGGCGUACAUUUUGUGGAAGGUUUUGGUAACCAGAGUGAUCUCAGAGAUCUGGGAGCUUUCACCCCGAUUAUUUAAACCAAUCGAUCUGGAACUUCUUGGAUCUGCUUUACAAUUGAAAUGUGAAUGACUAACGGCAUGCCGUCCAGUGUUGCCUAUAGGAGUGUCCUAACGCAGCACGACGUGGCCCGCCUUUCUGUCGCUCACGUAGACGGGCAACAAACGAGAAAGGAGGGGGCACUGGCACUUGUUUUCUCUAUCGUCAAAGCUCGUUAGCUUGUUGUACAAAGUGGAGAUAACGUUGCAUUAAUAAUAUCCACAUCACGGUUGAAAUGUAGAGCUGUGACACCGGGGAAAAAAAAAUUUUUUUUUGGCUGUUUAUUGACGAAUCUCUGUGUUGUGAUUUGAGUAAACAGCUCAUCAAUAACAAGCACCACACUUCAGUUUGUCCACCUUCAAAAUAAAAGCAUUAGAUUUAACUCUGUAUGCACGGGGGAAACCGAAAUCCACAUAGCAGAGAGUGAAACAUUUAAUGGACGCAGUGUGGACAGUCUGCGUGUGAUCAUGCACGAUGCAACGCUAUAUAUAAGGCUUGCGUGCUGUUAGGACACGGUCUGCAGGUGUUUUCACACAAAACCUGCUUGGUUUUGUCAAAACAAACUCAAGUCCGCUAGCCAUGUUAGUGCGGCUCGUUUCCUCUGGCCUGAAAGCUGUCAAUCAAACCCUGGUGCAGAUCAAACAACUGUACUGAGACCGCUUAGAAAGGUGGCUCUCUGUCUGCUCAUUUUCAGACUCUGGUGUGGUUUGUUCGUAGUAAGAACAUGAAGCGACCUAGAUCAAGACCUAACUGCAGGAAGUAACCACCGUGGAUCCUCUCUGUUCAUCAUCACUAAACACUUAAGACCACAGGCAGACCUGACAGAGCUUCACAAACAGUCUGGGUGGAUGAGCAGGUCCUGGUUCAGGAGCAUCAACGUGCUCCUUCUCCUGAACGGUCUCCAUGAGCAGCUUCCGCGACUCCAGAACAUCAACCAUAUUAUUAUUCUCAAACUGUAUUGUUUGCUUACAGUGAUGAAUGCAAACAAUAUAAAAAGCGAUGAGCAGAGCCGACAUCAGUCUGCGUAGUUGUCUGUCUAUUUAGAAAUCAUAAAGUGUCUUUAGAGCAGCCACAGCCAAUCAGGAGUCGACUAGCAUCAAACACAGUCUGCUUGUAAAUGUCCCCAAGUGAACACA